GAAAAUGAAUAUUUAAUGGGUCAUCACGGAUCAAAAGAGCACCAAGGUGCCCAGGAUGGAAACGGAAAUCCUAAUGGCUCAUACUUUCAGAAGCAGAAGAGCAAUAGUGCAAUCAGUGGCUCGAAGAAGAAAAAGAACAAAGCUCCAUUAUCUUCUGCCGUUUCAGUUUCCUCAAAUGACUCAUCACUGGUGCCCUCUUUUGUCAUUGAAUCUGAAAACGACGUUGAUUGCCGUGGACUAACUCCUUGGUCAUCACGUGAGAACUUAUUGCAGUUUUCGGCAUCAUUCCAGUCGGAACUGAAUGUAGGCAGUAAUGCUCCCAAUACCUCAGAUAAUGUUUAUGUGGCCCAAUUCGACUACUCAACUCAAGCCAGUAACCAGCUGUCUUUCCAGAAAGGCGACUUGUUGAAAGUUUUGGGCUUCAACGAAACUGGCGAAUGGUGCGAAGCCCAACUCGUGCAAUCUCAAAACAAUUCACCCGACACAAUUCAACAAUUGUUGGGUUGGGUACCCUUUAAUUACAUAGCUCCUUAUAACAGUAAAAGCACCCAUUCUUGGUACCACGGACCUCUCAGUAAGAUCGAAGCAGAACACCUUUUGCUCAGUGGAGUAACGGGGAGCUUUUUGGUACGAGAAUCAGAGGGAUCUUCGGGAACCUACACAAUCUCUUUGCGUCACGAUACAAGAGUGUACCAUUACAGAAUAAAUUAUAACCAAAAUGCGGCCAUGUACUUCAUAUCGGAGGAGGCCCAGUUUGAAACACUUGAAAAGCUGAUUCAUCACCACUCCAAGUAUACAUCGGGACUCAGAAGUUUGUUAAAGUACCCGGCUGCUAAAAGAAAACAGGCACCUCCACCUGUCUGGGCAACUCCUCAAGAAUCUCAGACUGCAGUACUUAGCAGUGCAGAGAUGCAAACAGUGAACGACCAGUGGGAGUUGGACAGGAGUGAGAUCCAGAUCAAAGAGAGACUGGGCUCUGGCCAGUACGGGGAUGUGUACAGGGCCAUGUGGACCAGGUUCCAAGGGGGAGUGACGGUGGCUGUGAAGACUCUGAGAGAGGGCACUUGUAGUUUGGACGAGUUCAUGCAGGAGGCUCAGAUCAUGAAGACACUCCGACACGAUAACUUGGUCCAGUUGUUAGGAGUGUGCACGCGGGAGAUGCCGAUCUAUAUCAUCACAGAGUUCAUGCCCCGAGGCAACUUGCUCAGCUACGUCAGGUCACAGGAGUCUCUGAGGAAGAGGGAGACACAGACUACUCUCAUGUUCAUGAGUAGUCAAAUUGCAGCCGCCAUGGCUUAUCUGGAGAGCAUGAACUACAUUCACAGGGACCUUGCAGCCAGGAACUGUCUUGUAGGCGAUGGUGAUAUCGUAAAGGUGGCUGACUUUGGUCUCUCGAGGUUGAUUGGGGAGGCGGAGGAGUGCUACCAGGCCAGAGAGGGAGCCAAGUUCCCAAUCAAGUGGACAGCUCCAGAGAGUCUCGCCUUCAAUAAAUUCUCAACUAAAAGUGACGUAUGGGCUUUCGGCGUACUACUUUGGGAAAUAGCGUCUGGAGGCAUGUCUCCCUACCCUGGCGUGGAAUUGUGUGGUCUCUACGAGUAUCUCCAACAAGGCAGUCGACUCAGUCAGCCCCCUGAAUGUCCCAACUCCCUUUACACAAUGAUGCGAAAGUGCUGGCAAUGGUUGCCGAGAGAUAGACCAUCGUUCGCAGAGAUCAACUUCCAACUGGCGUCUCUUCUGGACGAGGUAAGGCAGGAACUGGACGGGCAGCUGAGCUCCGCUUCUUCUGGGAGUUCACAGAGCCCUGAGAGGACACUGGAUCAACCUGGACCUUCUGCUACUGGCAAUUCUACAAUGUCGAACGUAGAUAUAUCUUCUGGUGCAAUAAGCGACGACAGUUUUGAAGGAGGUAUUAGCUGUGGAUCCCACACACCAGAUCUGGAUUCUCCUGAAGGAACCCUGGACCAUAUUGGCAGAAGAUCAGUGUCAGGGGGAGCCGGUGGAUAUAACGCGGGUACUGAUUCUGACUCGGGGAUUGGAGGAGGCCAUUUUGGCCAACAGUUAUCAGGAAGCACUCCAGAUAGUGAUACGGAUAGCAAUGCCCGGCUGAGACAUGCUCUGUUUUCAAAGAAGAAUGCCCCUGCUCCUCCAAUGAGAACAUCUUCUUUUCAGAUCAAAGAGUCACCGUCUUUCACUACUGCUGGCAAUGUACAUUCGGAUUCGUCGAAUUUGAAGACUCUUGCAAUUGAUACAGAUGGAAGUGGUUCAUCGCCCCUGGUUGGCCGACAGCACUUACUUAACAAACAACUUGCAGGCAGUCAAACAUCUCCCACCUCAUCGGAUUCGCUUUCAACAUUCAAGAGACCAUCUACAAGCGACGAGUUAGGCCAGUCUCAAAGCAGUACUAAUGUAGACUCAAAUGCAACCGCGACAACAAGUUCCGAAAUCAGAUCUAUGAAGACAAUGUCUGUAUAUCACCACAACCAGAGUUCGGACUCCGAAGACGAAGUAAUGGAUCCGAACCAGCUCUGGAAACCAAGUGGUCUCUUGCAGAAAGCAUCCUCGAACGCGGACAUCAGUAACAACCCAGAUUACGGGCAUAAGAGUAAACCAUCCCCGAAUCCGAGAGUCCAUUCCUCUAGAGAUAAUAUGUUGAAUCCUCCCACUGGAGCCGGCUCUUCAAAGUCGAGCACAGCGUCAUCUUUUGGCGCGGGUAAUCAGCCACAGGGAUCAUCUACGUUUUCAACGUUCGGAUCUUCUGGAACGACUAAUAUCGCUCCUCCCAUAAACUCUCAAGCAAUUCAGAGCCAAGUUUCUCCGAACAAACCAUUAUCUGUAAAGGUACCUCCUGCGCAACAUGGCUUCACCUCGUCAGAAAUUGUGCCGAUGGCAAAACCAGUUUCUACUUUUUCUAAGUCACCGGCUGCUUCUGUGGGACUUGCGGGAGUAGGUUCAGCAGCUGGAGGUGAUGCAAUGUGGAGAGCAUCGAUACCAUCUGUACCCGAACUUCCAUCAUCGAAAACAACAGUUGCCGGUCAACCGCCCCACUCGCCAGUUAAAGUGACCUCUCCUUCCAAGGACUCAAUUCCAGUCCCCAUACCUAAACCAAAACCAGCUCCGCCCCCAGUGGGAGAACGAUCAGUUAGCAAAGCACCCGGUCAGAAUAGUUUGGCAUCCAAUAACCAACCCUCAGUUUCAAGUGCAGUUAACAAGGAAUCACCUAACGGACAGCGCAAGUUUGUAGUUUGUCCGCCUCCUAAACCGUCGAUAUCCAAACAACCCCAUCCGGAAGUUCCUGAAAAUAAGAUGUCGCCCACCUCGGCUACUUCAACGCCAUUGCCAGCAGUCAAGUCACACAGUUCGAAAUCGAAAAGUAAGGUUCCGAAUCUUAAUGAUGAUUUGAUUUCGCCACCUCCUUUAUUGCCGCAUCAAGACAAGGUUCCAUCUAUACCACCGAAACCAUCAGAAUCGAAGCAGAAAACAAGAAAAGGUUCUGGGUCGUCUCCUGAAAGAAGAAGCGAUAAUCUUAUUAAACCCUCAGCGUUCAAAAAAGCGAUGAAAUCACAAGAAGCUCCUCAAUCUUCUCAGAGUUUACAGAAAUCGAAUAUCAAACAUGGUCACUCUAAAUCGACAAUAGAUGAAGGAUCUCUGAAGGCCUCGAAUCUUAAGAAACCUCAAACACUAGCUAUGGACAACCAGCCUUUAACAGGAUCCAAACCAGAUCUUUCAACGGCUACGGAUCCCGUGGCCGAAAUAAAAUCUGGAGUGUCUCUACGUCAGUCAGUUAGAAGACCUCAAAUUGCUACCCUCUCAGCGACUGAAACCGAAAUUUUUGCGGACGUUGACCUCGAAACCUUGCUAAAUAUACGAAAAGACAUUGAGAAGAGUCUCAAAAUUGCAGUGAAGUGGGACGAGUUGAACUCAAAUGAGCUAUCAGUUUUGUGUGCUAAGCUGCAACGGUUUCACGAGUGUUGCAAGAACUACAGUAUGGUCGACCUCAAAGUGUUUACACGUCGGAAGUUCACGGAGAAGGUGACCAAUUUGGAAGGUGAUAUAGAAACGCUUCGCAAAUCGGCCAAAAUCACAGAAGCGAACACAGCAAUUAUAUCUAUGCUUCAUGUCGUGACGGAAGUCGGCAGUAUUCUAGGAUCAAUUGACAUUGGCAGCUCAAAGUCUUAGUCGUGUUUUAGAACAAUUUUUUGGUGAGUUUCACGGCCAAUUUUUGUAUAUUGAGAAUGAUUUAACUAAGUUAAAAUGAAAACUGCUUCUUAAUACCGUUACGAAGUUUCUCGAGCUAAUCAUUUCUAUGAAAUGUUUUAAUAAAUUAUUUUUUUUGUAAUUUUCUAUGCUACCAUAGAAGUAAGUUUACCCCUAAAAGCCAUGGCAGA